CUGAGGUCAGUGACCCCCCACCUCUGCCUUGCAGAGCUGUGACUCUCCCAGUCUGUGAGUCUCCUCGGCAGAGUCUAUCCUCCGCCUACCCCCUGCACCAAGUGAGCCGAGUGUGUAUCACCAGGCAGAAGGAGCAGCACGUGGAGAGAUGGCGGACGAGGCCUCGGGGGCACAGGAUCCCUCCACCCCAGGCUGUGGGGAGUCCCCUGGCAUGAAGGACAGGACCUUGCACCCGCCAUCAGCCACCCAAGUGUCAGGAGAGAUGGAUAAGCCACUGAUCAGCCGCCGCCUGGUGGACAGCGAUGGGAGCCUUGCCGAGACCCCCAGUGAGGCCCCCAAAGUGGGCAUCCUGGGCAGUGGGGACUUUGCCCGCUCCCUGGUCACACGCCUGGUGGGCUCCGGCUUUAGCGUGGUGGUGGGGAGUCGCAACCCUAAACGCACGGCCGGGCUGUUUCCCUCAGCGGCACAAGUGACUUUCCAGGCAGAGGCAGUGGACUCCCCUGACGUCAUCUUCGUGGCUAUGUUCCGGGAGCACUACUCCUCGCUGUGUGGCCUCAGUGACCAGCUGGCUGGCAAGAUCCUCGUGGACGUGAGCAACCCCACAGAGCAGGAGCACCUCCGGCACCGCGAAUCCAAUGCAGAGUACCUGGCUUCCCUCUUCCCCACGUGCACAGUGGUCAAGGCCUUCAAUGUUAUCUCUGCCUGGACCCUGCAGUCUGGCCCAAGGGAUGGGAACAGACAGGUGCCCAUCUGCAGUGACCACCCGGAAGCCAAGCGGGCGGUCUCAGAGAUGGUGCAGGCCAUGGGCUUCAUGCCUGUGGACAUGGGGUCCCUGGUCUCCGCCCGGGAGGUGGAAGCCAUGCCCCUGCGCCUUCUCCCAGGCUGGAAGGUGCCCGCCCUCCUGGCCCUGGGGCUCUUCAUCUUCUUCUACGUCUACAACUUUGUCCGGGACGUCCUGCAACCCUACGUGCGGGAUGGCAAGAGCAAGUUCUACAAGCUGCCCGUGUCCGUAGUCAACACGACGCUGCCGUGCGUGGCCUAUGUGCUGCUGUCCCUGGUGUACCUGCCCGGCAUGCUGGCAGCUGCCCUGCAGCUACGCCGUGGCACCAAGUACCGCCGCUUCCCGGACUGGCUGGACCACUGGCUGCAGCACCGCAAGCAGAUAGGCCUGCUGAGUUUCUUCUGUGCUGCGCUGCACGCGCUCUACAGCUUCUGCCUGCCCCUGGGCCGCGUCAACCGCUACGAGGUGGUCAACCUCGCCAUCAAACAGGUCUUGGCCAACAAGAGUCAUCUGUGGAUCGAGGAGGAGGUCUGGCGGAUGGAGAUCUACCUAUCCCUGGGAGUCCUGGCCUUUGGUACACUGUCCCUGCUGGCUGUCACGUCACUGCCCUCUAUUGCAAACUCGCUCAACUGGAGGGAGUUCAGCUUCGUUCAGUCCACUCUGGGCUUUGUGGCCCUGGUGCUGAGCACCCUGCACACACUCACCUAUGGCUGGACCCGCGCCUUCGAAGACAGCCAUUACAAGUUCUACCUGCCUCCCACGUUCACGCUCACGCUGCUGGUGCCCUGCGUCGUGAUCCUGGCCAAAGGCCUCUUCCUGCUCCCCUGCUUCCGCCGCAAGCUCUCCAGAAUCCGGAGGGGCUGGGAGAAGGAUGGUGGCGUCAAGUUUGCUCUGCCAAUGGACCACACCCUGGCCCAGAAGACGAGCCACGUGUGAGGUACCUGCCUCCGGCCCCAGAAACCAGACGGAGGGCCGGACAGUACCCUUGGGCCUGUCGGGGCUGCUUUUCUGGAUCGUGUGGUAUGGUGAAAUUGGGUGCAGAGCAGUGGUUGGAGGUCUGAAUUCCUGGGACCCUGAUGUACGCGGUGUAAUAUUCAGAAGGGCACACACGCGGGUGUGACAUAGGUGUUCGUAUAGAUUUCAUAUAUAUAACGGGAUUUGCAUUUAUACUCACUUAGUUAAAAAGUUGAGUCUCUGGAGAUUUCAACUCGUAGAUUUAAAAAGCCAGUGUCAGAUGUUAGAACAGCCACUCACCCUGUUGGGAUCUCUGCAGAGACGGACGCACCCUCUUUGCAGUGAAAAAGGGCAGUGAGAGGCUUGUACCUUGGUGGAUUCGAUCCGUUUGUGUCCCCACUCCCUUUUUGCUGCUUUCCCCAAGGCUUUUGCAGAGCUGGGGCUCUAAGGGGACAGAUAAGAGCUCAACCUGGAGUUGGAUUCAGUGCACAGGGCUAAAGAGUCGAGACCCAGCAGGCAGAGCAGGGGCUGGCCGCCUCCCUCAUUCACCUUGGGCAGCAGCUGGAGGUCAGACGGGAGCCAGGGCCCCUGGGGGGGGUGAGCCUGCUGUCUGGACCCUGGAGCCAACGUGUGGAGGCUCCUUUGCCAGGUAGGAGGGGGCGGGGGAGGGGGCCCAGGCUGACCUCCCUUGUCCUUCCCAAGCUGGGGAGAGUUUUUUCCCCUGGAAGUCCUAAAUCCCCAACAGUGGCAGCACAUUGCUCUCUUGUGGGAGUGUGAAGUCACCUCCGUUUGGGAGCCACUAAUGAACCAUCUUGAGAACAAGUGUAAUUUCUUUCCCUCCUUUAAGUUGCUGAUGACCGUUCCUUAAACCACUGUGCCUUCUCACCUUUCAGAUCAUUAGUUUGGAUAUCUCUUAGGAAGGCUCAGAGCAGGCCCUCUGGAAGUCAGCUGGAGGGGGAGGGGAAAACAAGGCAGACAGUGCUGGGCAUCCCAGCUAAGGCUUUCCUGGGGCCCACCCAGGGCGUAAAGGACUGAUGACUGAUUGUCUCCACUGGAUUGGGCCUGUGGAAAAAACACUGGGGACCUCGUCAGAUGUCUUCCACUGGCAGGGAAAGAAACUGCCAGAAGACCAGACUGGCUCCAAGCUCACCACUGCUCCAGGGAAACAGGAAGAAUGUGGGCGACAGGAUCCCCCCUACCCCCCCACCCAAGAAUCACCAACCCCAGGUGGGUCAAAAUCAUCGGGAGGGUCUUUACUACCAAAGCUACAGACUCGAAGUGCUUCUGCCCCAAAGCACAAGAGGCUGCACCACAGACAGGGUCAUGGGACAUGUGGCCUCAAAUCCCAUGCCAUCUCUUGCUCGUUCCUACCGAAACCGCUUUUAUGUCCCCUGUGGCGAAACAGCUGUUCUUGGCCAAGCCCUCCUCCCCCCACCCCCACCCCCACCCCCGCCUCUAGAACCAGGAUGAUCUUGUCACCUCCACAAAAAAAGCAGCUUUGAACAUAGAGGGGAUGAAGUCCCAAUGGAAGAUACAAGUGAGGCAAAUGCUGAAUUCUGAUCUGAAUGGGGAGUGUUGGUCAUGCUCAUGUCUCUGGUCUUCUAGGCCAAAGGGGAUCUCAGGAACAGAGAGUCGAGCCAGCAAAGGCUGACAAGACCAUGCUGCAAGAAGAGGAGGCCCCUGCCCCCCCCCCCCAGGGAGGCUUCAUGAGCUCUACAUGUCUGUAGAGCACGUAAGCGUCCUUUAGUGAAAAGGGGGGCGGGGCAAGUGCAAGUAUAUCUCAUUAGGCCAGUGACUGAUGGAGGGAAGGCAGUGCAGGCAAAGCUGCCGGCUUCCUGCAGAUGUUUUCCAUCUGCAGGAAGGCUGAGUGGCAGAAGCUUGUCUUCCAAAUGGGCCCUGAUCCUCGGAGAGGCUCGCUGAAAAGGAGGCGGGCGAAGCACAGGUUCCAACAUUUGCUUCACAAACUGAGGGCCCAUCCAUUUCCUGCUGAUGGGAAGCAGGGAGAACAGGGGCACCCAGGAUCCACCAGGGAUCUCAACCCCAGUCUGGAUUGGCUGCCUGCCUUCUCUAACCCUCCCUGGGCCCCGGGGAAUUUCCUUAUACCAAAGAUGCUGACCUUCAGCAAAAUCCAGUAUGCUUCCUCCUCUUCCCCCUGCCCACCUUCUGCCACAGGUGCUCUCAGGGGAAGGAACUGGUUCCAAGGUGGGUGGCAGGAGGGAACAGGUGUAGUAGAGGACCUGGCCACCCACCAGCUGGACAAUCAACUCAUGAAAGGCAGGGUGCGUUAUGCACUUGGGCUUGAUUUGGUGUCUGCUGCUCUUCCUUACCUCACCAGGCAGCUGGCAACAGCAUCCCCCUGAGAGCGAGUCACCCUGGUAAACUCUAUGUGCCUCUGGGUACAAAAGUGCCUGAACCAAUGUGCUCUGGAAAUCCUAAAUGCCGUGGUCUGAGGUGGACGUUUAAAAUCAAUGUCAUUGAAACAGUCUGUGUAUUUUGUGUUGACCUUGUAGAGCUUGUCUAAGCAGCAGCAAAAAAUAAACACCUAACCUUCUGUGAA